GGCAGAGUGGGAGAGAGGAAGGUAGUGGAGCUGUCUUUCGGCCAUGGGCGAGUUCAAGCACCUGUGCGCGGCCAGGUUCAAGGAGGGCGUCGUAGUGGACGAUAUCAUUCAGGAGCUCACCAAGCUCGCCGCCGAGCUCGACACCGUCAAAUUCUUCGGCUGGGGAAAGAACGUGCUGGACCAGGAGGCGCUCACGCGGGGCUUCACCCACGUCUUCGUGCUGACCUUCGCCACCGCCGAGGACCUGGCGGCGUGCUUGGGCCACAGGAAGCACUGCGCUUUCGGGGCUACGUUCAUGGCCGCGCUCGACGAUGUCGUCGUCAUGGACUUCCCCCUGGUCUUCGUCAAGCCGGCGCCUCCUGCCUGAUCCGCCUCUAGUACCAACAAUAUCACAAGAAUAGAUGGGCGGACCGGCGGACUACACAUUGUGUGGUG